UUGUUUGACAUAAAUAGCGGCGAGUUAUUUAAGUGAAUUGUGUUAAUUUGAUAAAAGAGAAAAAAAGCAGUAGAAAAUUUCCGAACUAUCAAACAUUUGACAAGUUCUAUCAAUAAGCAACCAGCACCAUUUUGAGCAAAUUCGUUGCUGAGCGAAAUCUACUAAAAGAAGAAGCGCUAAAAGCACAGGAAAAAAAAACGUCAUUGGGGAAAAAAGAAAACCGAGAAGAAGAAAGGACGCUACCGUAAAUUAUUGAGAGGGAUUCCUUUAUAUAUCCAUCCGUAGAGCUUUUCUUUCCUAUUAAAAAGUUAACAGAGAGAAUUUUGUACACAAUUGUACGUGAUUUUUGUAUUUUUCUUUAUUAUUAAUUUGAAAUGGCAGAUGAAGAUUUAUCAUUAAAUGAAGAUCAACUUUUGGAAAAUUUGGACGAAGCGAACGGAGAAAACGAAGCUGAACUCAUGAAUGAAAAUGAGGACGAAACCAAUAUGCAAAUUGAUCCUGAAUUAGAAGCAAUUAAAGCUCGUGUUAAAGAAAUGGAAGAAGAAGCUGAAAAAAUUAAACAAAUGCAAUCUGAAGUGGAUAAACAAAUGGCUGGUUCAACGACCGGCCUAGCUACAGUACCGCUGUCCUUAGAAGAGAAACAGGAAAUUGAUACACGUUCCGUGUACGUGGGUAAUGUUGAUUAUGGAGCUUCUGCCGAAGAAUUGGAAGCACAUUUUCAUGGCUGUGGCACAAUAAAUCGUGUCACCAUUUUAUGCAAUAAAGCCGACGGCCAUCCUAAGGGAUUUGCUUAUAUCGAAUUCGGUUCCAAAGAAUUUGUGGAGACUGCUUUGGCUAUGAAUGAAACAUUAUUUCGCGGUCGACAAAUUAAGGUUAUGUCGAAACGUACCAAUCGGCCUGGCCUUUCUACAACUAAUCGUUUCCCACGGGGAACUUUCCGCGGGCGUGGCGCACGUAUAUCAAGAGCUUGCUGCCAUACUUCUUUCCGUGGCACACGUCGCCCCAUAAGAGGUUAUCGUGGACGUGUUAAUUAUUAUGCUCCUUACUGAUUAACAUUAUUUCCUUACUUUUAUGAUUAUUUUUUACAAUAUAUGUAAUCAGUU